AUACAAUACAUUUUUAACAGUAAAAGAACAGAACCAAAAAUAAAAGUUAUUCAUAUUUUCAACUGGAAAAUCUAAAGGUGACUUUCUAGUAGUGUUGUGGAGUCCUGCUUCUGAAUACUCCUAAUUUCUUCCAUUUUCUAUGUAAGCUUCUUUUCAUGUUAUUUUUAUAGUUACAUAAAAUGGUGUAAUAUAGCAUAAUUUUUGUUCUUAAACUUUAUGAAGAUGCAAAAAUGCUAUCUAUAAUAUAGAAAGACAACUUGUGUUAGAAUUACCAAUCUUUUACCACUCCAUUCUUGUUAUGAACUUUCUAUGAUGCUUUUCUUUUGUUGGUUAUCAUUUUGAACUAUUAUAUUUUGCUUAUUUACUUGUGUCCAGAUAUAUGUACUUUUUUACUUAUAUUUUGUUACAGAGGAAGUAUUAUUUUCUUUUGCUAUGUGAAGUUUUUCAUACCAGUAAAUUUCCAAAAGAAGAAAAGAUGACAUUUAAAAAAGAUUUUAAACAACAAAUGGUACCUGAGUGGGAGAGAGAGUACAUGGACUAUGAAGGCCUCAAGAGAAUUUUGAAAGAAAUCAAAAGCAAGAAUCAAGUUAAAGACAAUAAUAGGCACUUACAGCAGCACAGGUUCAGCCUUGAAAGAGCAUUCAGUGGACUAAACUUUCAAAGAGACGAUGGUAUUGAAGAACAAGUUAUAGAUGUUAAGAAAUUAGAGCUAGAUGAAGAAAGAGGAGAAGAUGAAGCAAGGUUCUUUGAGAAGCUUGAUGAAGAGCUCAAUAAGGUUAAUGCAUUUUAUAAGGAUCAAGAGGAAGCAACUAAGCAUGAAGCAACUCUUUUGAGUAAACAAGUUGAGACUUUGGUUGCAUUGAGGGUAAAGGUUAAAAGCCUUGAUUCAACAGGAUUGCAGCAGAAUGGUUUGUCAUCUGAAGAUAACAUGGAUCAAACUCAGCAGCAGCAAGAAUCUGAAGUUGAUCCUGUUCAACAGAACAAUGAAAGUACUCAUUAUGAAGAGGAAACCAACAGUAAUUACAAAAGAAGAGACCCUAUGGAAAUCCUUGAGAAUGUAAAGAUUGAUAAUGCUCUUCAAUCUCCAAUGUCAGCAAUUAAAAAUGUUUUUACAGAUUCUAAUGAUAAUGAGUUAAGUUUCAACAAAGAAGAGCUGAAGAAAGUUGAAAAGCAACUUAGACUUGUGUUUGUUGAGUUCUAUCAGAAACUCCUUCAUCUCAAAGAUUACAGUUUUAUGAAUCUCUCAGCAUUUUCCAAAAUCAUGAAGAAAUAUGAAAAGUGUGUAUCAAGAGGAGCUUCAGCAGCAUACAUGAGAGUAGUGGACAACUCCUAUCUUGGCACUUCUGAUGAGGUCAAUUUUCUUUUGGAGAAAGUAGAGUCCACCUUCAUCAGAAACUUCACACAUUCAAAUCACAAGAAGGGAAGGAAAUUGUUAAGGCCAAAAAUGAAAAGAGAAAGGCACAGCAUAACAUUUUUCACUGGUUUCUUUUGUGGCUGCUUAGUUGCUCUACUAGUUGCUACAAUAUUAAGAAUAGUAUCUCAACAUUUAAUGAAUAAAAAAGUAGGCACAUUUUACAUGGAAAACAUUUUCCCAUUAUACAGUCUAUUUGGAUAUAUCACUCUACAUAUGCUAAUGUAUGCUGCAAACACAUACUUUUGGAGGCGGUAUCGGAUCAACUAUCCAUUCCUAUUCGGCAUAAGACCUGGAACUGAGUUGAAUCACAGAGAAGUAUUCCUUCUCACAACAGGUCAUGCAGUGGUUGCAGUACUAUGUUUCCUGAUAAAUUUGGAGCUUGAGAUGAACCAAAAGGAUAAAAGCUAUAAAACAGCCACUGAGCUUGUUCCUCUGAGCUUAAUUGUACUUGUUAUUUUGAUCACAUUUUGCCCUUUCAAUAUCAUACACCGGUCGAGUCGCUUCUUCUUUAUUCGGAGUUUAUUCCACUGCAUAUGUGCUCCUUUUUUCCCGGUUACACUUUCGGAUUUCUUCUUGGCUGAUCAGCUUACCAGCCAGUUCCAAGCUUUCAGGAGUUUUGUGCUUUACAUAUGCUAUUAUGGCCUUGGAGAACACUCAAGGAGGCAAAAAAAAUGUAGAAGUCAUGGUAUCUAUAAUGUACAAUACUUCAUGGUUGGCAUCAUUCCUUAUUGGUUUCGCUUGGCGCAGUGCAUGCGUCAAUUGUACGACGAGAGAAAUAUUGAUCAUGCAAUCAAUGGUUCAAAGUAUCUAUCAACAAUUGUUGCAAUGGUGAUUAGGACUACUUUUGAAACAAAGAAGGGAAUGACAUGGAAAUUGUUGGCACUUCUAACAUCUGCUGUAGCAAUACUGCUAAACACAUAUUGGGACAUUGUCAAGGACUGGAGUCUUUUACAAAGGCAUUCAAAGAAUCCUUAUUUGAGGGAUAAACUUAUAGUUUCUCAUAAAAGUGUCUACUACAUAGCCAUGGUUGUGAAUGUGGUUCUUAGACUUUCAUGGAUGCAGUUGGUUCUCGAACUUGAUUGGCGUCCCCUUCAUAAAGUGGCAAUCAAUACAUUUAUUUCCUGUCUCGAAAUUAUUCGUCGUGGCAUUUGGAACUUCUUUAGGUUGGAGAAUGAGCACUUGAACAAUGUUGGAAACUACCGUGCAUUCAAAUCAGUUCCUCAUCCUUUCAGUUUCUAUGAUGAUGAUGGAAAUGACAAGGAUGACUAGUGGCAUUCUGCUUCAAUGCAAGAUUGUAUUGUAGCAUAUACAAUUCCAAUUUCAAAUCAGAAAUUUUACAUUGAUUGGGAUAUGAAGUGUAAGGUAGGAAAAAGUAGAUUGUACACGUGAUAAGUUCACACAAAUUUACACGAGAUAUAGGAAAUUUUGCUUUUAUUUUUUUGUAGAGAAAUGUUAAAAAGAGAACUCUAGUAUAAGAUUAGCCCAAAACAGAAGUUUCAUUGUACAAUUUGCUCUUCUAAUUUGUAAAUAUGUACGUAAACGAUCUUUCUAAUAGUGUUAGAAUAACUUGAAAGGAUCAUUUGAGCAAAACACUUAGUUUA